UAGAGUAUAGUAUAUAUAUGUUUUUAGAGUAUAGAAGAGCGACCAGGAUGUACAAUUUCUGUAGCUAGUAUUAUCUAUCAUAUCGCGCAACUUCUUUCAAAUGAUACUCAGAAAAAUUUUAUUCACACAGCUCUACCAUACAUAGCACAAUGUUGUUUGGGUCAGCAAUUUAAUGUGCGUCUUUAUAACCAGGCAAGUAAAAAAUUAAUUGUUAUGUAAUGCUUGUAUCUGUAUGUAUAUUUUGAUUUCAUUCAUUUCAAUUUUUUCAAUGUAGUUUAUUUUUACACAAUUAUACGAAUUAAUGAAAAAAGCAAAUGAUGAUGAUAGUAUAUCAAAAUACAAAGGCAUUUAUCAGGCAGCUGUGGCUAAUUUACAACAAAGCAGUUUGACAAAGAAUUCGACUAAAAUACAGGAUGAUUUUUACUUUUCAAGUUUUCAUCCGAUCAAUGAUUACAGUUUGCAGACAAUUUACUAUGAAUUACCACGGUUGACUAAUAUAAGUUCUGAUGAAUGGAUCAGUCCAGACAUAUUCAAAGCCUUCAUGUUUGAACAUAAUGAUAAUCAUUCUCUACAACUUUAUAACAUUGAUUUAUUUCUGUCUGAGACUAAAACUUCUAUAUAUCUCACAAAAUCUCUUGCAGGUAAAUUUAAAAAAUGAAAUAAAGUAAAAAUAUAUAAUUUAUAAAA